GUUUGUCAUAUUUUAUAGGUAACCAAUAGAAAGCUCGAGCAGAGAGCACGACAAUGGCGAUGGCUGAGGAACAAAAGAAACGAACAAUGGAGGCAUUAGAGCGAAGAUUUGCUCAAGCCAAAGCUGAGCUUGAGGUACAGCAGCACAAGAACAAGAAAAUCUCAGUUGCUACAACAACAACUCCUGUUGAGAAAAACGGUGGACUUGCUACCCAGGGCAUCAAUUAUUCGCCUUCGCCCUUCAAACCAAAGGCAAAUUCCUCUUUUAUAUCAUCCAAAAAAGGCUAUUUAUCUUUUUCUGGCCAUCCAUCUUCUCAAGAUGUUGAACUGAAUAAUCCAGCGUACCUUCAACUCUCCCAUUCAGUAGACAAGAAUCUUCUGAAAAUUACUACUGAGAUUACCGGUACUGUUAACGAUAUUUUGCAUGAUCUUCUCCAACAUGGUGAUUCAGCCCAGAAAUAUAUGCAGGGGUCAAAAAAUGUGAAAGUUGAUAACUGGAUUCUUCUUGAUAAUGUUGUUCAAAAAAGUAGCAUUGCUACUGGAGCUCGUAAUCGGGCUUUGCAGAGACAGUCAAAGAGAUCUAAAAGACAUAUGUCCAUAAAGCAACAUAAGAAAUUUGGAUCAUUUGAUUUGCCUCAAGAGUUCCACAACUAUGAUAUCUUCAAGCCAAUGCACGAUAAGUGGAAAGACUAUGUAACAAAACUCCUGAAGAAUAUUGGGAAAAAUCAGUUAUCACAAUGUCUCCUUAAUGCAGACUUACAUGGUGCACUAAUUCUAGUUGUUCAGUGCAAAAUAGCUGGCUUAAGUGGUGUACGCGGUAUCAUGAUUCGUGAGACCGUAGAAACAUUUGGAAUAAUCACAGAAGACAACAAAUUCCAAGUUGUACCAAAAAAGCUUUCUGUAUUUAUGCUGCAAGUGGACUGCUGGAAAGUUACAUUGCUCGGAGACAAACUCAGUUCGAGAAACAUGAUUACAUGAUAUUGUUAACAUGGAUAUUUAUCGUAUGGAAUAUGUCUUGGCAUUGCUUCAGGGAAAAUUGAUUCCAAUGGCUGUAUUGUUGCUUGGAAUUUUGCUCGUCCUAGUUUCAUUCUUUUUAGCCGAGGCUGAUCACGAAAAGAAAGAUACUUUGGGCUUACAGUGGGAGAAUAGAGGAGGCAUCUAAAGGGCACAUGGACAGAAUGGCAAGAAAAAGAGCAGCUAUAGUUUUCUUUGGUAGUGAAUUUCUGGUUCUCGAUGUAGCUGAAAGCACCAAACUAACCACGAAAAAGAUAUAGUUUCUAAGCAUAAACCAGGAGUUGAGUGACUUCUUUCAUGUUAUUAUUACAUGCUCCCGCACUGGCUUAAUACUACUAGAUGGCCUAAUAUAGAGGCAGAUUCGGGAGUUGAAGUUUAUGGGUUCCUACAACGACCUCAAGUAAAUAUCUAUAUUGGCCUUUGAUUCCAGAAGGUACAUGGGAAUCAGAGGAUACUCGUAUAAAGCUCAUAAAAGCAUAUACUUUGACACAAAUUCGGACGAACUAAAUUGAAUGGUUUGCUUUGUUUAUAUGGCUAUCUUUGUGAUACAAGAAGGUAGGCAUCUGGACCUUGGGAAAGGAUAGUAGUAUUAACAAAUGGACAAGGUAUUUAACCA